AUGAUGAAAUCCCUCCUUCUUUCUGUCUUGAUCCUCCCGCUCGCGCUGGCCGCCAAGACGUGCACCAGCAACGGCGCGCAAUCGCCCUCGCCCUACAAACUCACCAUCUCCGCCGACAGCGCAGCGCUCGCAACCCUCUCCGAGAUCUUCGCCAGCGCCGGCAAGAACGUCUCGGUCUCCGACGUCCUCGACUCGUCAAACCGCGCCCUGACCUCCUCCAAACCCCCCAUCGGCAACGGAAAGCCCACUGUCCACCUCGCCUGGAACUCCGGCGACGCCAACACCCCCAAGUGGCUCCCGCAAGGCAUCACCAGCUCCGCGGACGCCGACCCCUCGGGGAAAUGGGAGGGCCGCGAGGCGUGGAUCGUCAGCUGGCACCAGGACGACGACAGCAAUGCGCGGGUGAGUUUUGUGGAUCGCGCCACGGGCAAGUAUCGCCAUGUGUAUCUGGUCAGGCCGGACGGGGAGAGUUUCGGGCCGGUGGGCGUGCAUGCGGGCGGGAUUGUCUGGUACCAGCAGUGGCUGUAUGUUGUUGAUACCUCGGUCGGGGUGCGCGUGUUUGAUCUGGAGAAUCUGUGGGAGGUCAGUAUUGGGGAGGGGCUGGGGAAGCAGAGUGACGGGAGCUAUGUCGCGGAGAAUUACCGCUAUGUGCUGCCGCAGAUUCACUACUACCGCUUCAGCUCCACCAACGGCUCCAAAUUCCGACACAGCUACAUCUCCCUCGACCGCAGCGACAACCCCCCAACCCUCAUGGUCGGCGAAUACCAAACCGAAGACAGCACCGUCGACAUCCGCCUCGUCAAGUACCCCCUGGACCCCAAAACAGGCCGGCUGGCAGUCAACGCCGACGGCGUCGUGGGCGCUAGCGAGGCAUACUGCACAAACUUCCUUCGCGUGCAGGGCGCUUUCGCGCGGGACGGCGAGAUCGUUCUCUCGCGGAGCAAUGGCGGGAAUACGGGCGGGGACAUGUUCGUUUGGACACCUGGUAAGGCGGCGGAGAGCCAUGUGGGGUGGUUUCCUCCGGGCAAUGAAGAUCUGAGCUAUAACCCUGUGCGCAAGGAGUGGUAUACGGUUACGGAGCAUGCGGGGAAGAGGUGGAUUGUUGGGUAUGAUCGUUAUUAG